AACUGGGCGGGCGGCGCGUCGCAGUGACGUCAUCGGGGAGCGCCGCGAUGGCGGCGCCGAAGGUGAAGCAGGACAUGGCCCCGCCGGGCGGGUACGGCCCCAUCGACUACAAGCGGCACCUGCCGCGUCGCGGCCUCUCAGGGUACAGCCUGUUCGCGCUCGGCAUCGGGAGCCUCCUGCUGGGCUACUACACCCUCAUCAAGUGGAACCGCGAGCGCAGGCGGUUGCUGAUCGAGGAGCUGGAGGCUCGCAUCGCGCUGAUGCCGCUGCUGCAGGCGGAGUCCGACCGCAGAACUCUCCGGAUGCUGCGGGAGAACCUGGAGGAGGAGGCCAAAAUCAUGAAGGACGUUCCUGGCUGGAAGGUGGGAGAAUCCUGCUUCCACACGGAUCGCUGGGUGCCCCCGACGCAGGACGAGCUCUACUUCCUGCGGCCCAAGGCCGACCUCAACCGGGAGCGGUUCGGGCUGCAGAACUACGUCUGAAAUCCCCGAAUCCCACCUUUCCCAGCUUUUUCCCAGGCUUUUCCCCCUUUUCCUGUCGCUUCCCAGGCUGUUUCCCUCAUCCCCAGCCUGUUCCAACUCCUGUUCAUUAAUAAUAACUCCUGUUAAUAAAUAAAUAAAUAAAUGGA